UGGAGGAGUCACCCCUCAAACGACACUCCGUCUCAGAGAGUCCAGUUCAUCCUCGGGACGGAGGACGCCGACGAGGAGCACAUCCCCCACGACCUGUUCACCGAGCUGGACGAGAUCGCCUUCAGAGACGGAGACUUCCAGGAGUGGAAGGAGAUGGCGAGAUGGCUGAAGUUCGAGGAGGACGUGGAGGACGGCGGCGAGCGUUGGAGUAAACCGUACGUGGCCACGCUGUCUCUUCACAGUCUGUUCGAGCUGCGGUCCUGCAUCCUGAACGGCACCGUGCUGCUCGACAUGAGGGCCAACACCAUCGAGGAGAUCGCAGACAUGGUGAUCGACAGCAUGCUGGCGUCGGGGCAGCUGGAGGAGGGCGUCCGAGAGAAGGUGAAGGAGGCCAUGCUGAGGCGCCAUCACCAUCAGAGCGAGAAGAAGCUGAGCAACCGGAUCCCGCUGGUGCGAUCCUUCGCCGACAUCGGCAAGAAGCACUCCGACUCCUAUUUACUGGACCGCAACGGUCUGCUGGCGUCCCCCCAGUCGGCUCCAGGAAACCUCGACAGCAAGACCAGCGAGAGCCGCAUCAACGGAGGCGCGAAACCCGGGGAGCAACAGGAUAUCAUUUUCCACGAUGUGGCCUACAAGGCGAAGGACCGGAUCGACCUGCUGUCAGGGAUCGAUGAGUUCCUGGAUCAGGUCACGGUGCUUCCUCCGGGCGAAUGGGACCCCACCAUCCGCAUCGAGCCCCCAAAGAGCGUCCCGUCUCAGGAGAAGAGGAAGAUGGCGUCGGCUCCUAAUGGCCCUCACCACCUCAGCGAAACGUUCUGUGUCGGUGACGGUGUCUCCCUGCUCUCGUGCGCCAGGAUCUUUGGCGGUUUGGUGAACGACAUUCGGAGGAAGGCGCCCUUCCUGUGGAGUGACAUCAGAGACGCCGUCAGCCUGCAGUGUCUGGCGUCCGUUCUCUUCCUGUACUGCGCCUGCAUGUCGCCAGUCAUCACGUUCGGAGGGCUGCUGGGAGAAGCCACCAAGGGAAACAUAAGUGCCAUAGAGUCUCUGUUCGGGGCAUCUCUGACCGGUGUGGCCUACUCUCUGUUCGCUGGUCAGCCUCUCACCAUCCUGGGCAGCACCGGUCCAGUUCUGGUUUUUGAGAAGAUCCUGUUCAAGUUCUGCAGUGACUACGGCCUGUCCUACCUGUCCCUGCGCACCAGCAUCGGCCUCUGGACCGCCUUCCUCUGCCUGCUGCUGGUCGCCACCGACGCCAGCUCCCUGGUCUGCUACAUCACGCGCUUCACCGAGGAGGCCUUCGCCUCGCUCAUCUGCAUCAUCUUCAUCUACGAGGCUCUGGAGAAGCUCGUCCAGCUGGGCGAACACUACCCCGUCAACAUGCACGGCACGCUGGACAACCUCACCUUCUACGAGUGUAAGUGUUCUGCACCGGCCAACGCCUCGGCUGAAGUCCUGCAGAUCUGGAGCCGGAGAAACAUCACCUCAGAGGCCAUCGAGUGGGGGGAGCUGACUGUGAAGGACUGUGAAGAUCUUCACGGGGAGUUUGUCGGCUCGGCCUGCAGCCACAAGGGUCCCUACGUCCCCGACGUCCUCUUCUGGUCCGUCAUCCUCUUCUUCACCACCUUCUUCCUCUCCUCCUUCCUCAAGCAGUUCAAGACCAAGAGAUACUUCCCCACCAAGGUCCGAUCGAGCAUCAGUGACUUUGCCGUCUUUCUGACCAUCAUGAUCAUGGUGCUGGUGGAUUAUCUGGUGGGAAUCCCUUCCCCCAAACUCAACGUUCCAGACCGCUUCGAGCCCACGUCGAGCACGCGCGGCUGGCUGAUCUCGCCGCUGGGACCGAACCCCUGGUGGACGCUGCUGGCCGCCGCCGUCCCGGCUCUGCUCUGCACCAUCCUGAUCUUCAUGGACCAGCAGAUCACCGCCGUCAUCGUCAACAGGAAGGAGAACAAGCUCAAGAAGGGCUGUGGCUACCACCUGGACCUGCUGGUCGUGGCGGUGAUGCUGGGCGUGUGCUCCAUCAUGGGCCUGCCGUGGUUCGUGGCGGCGACCGUGCUCUCCAUCUCCCACGUCAACAGCCUGAAGCUGGAGUCGGAGUGCGCGGCGCCCGGCGAGCAGCCCAAGUUCCUCGGCAUCCGAGAGCAGCGCGUCACCGGCUUCAUGAUCUUCGUCCUGAUGGGCUGCUCCGUCUUCAUGACCUCCGCCCUCAAGGUGACCAACCAGGGCUCCAGACUAACCUUUUCACCAGGAGCUCAGUGGCCCCCAACCAGGGCUGGGCAUCGUUCAAAAUCUGUCCAUCCGGCGCCAAUUUCGACACCUCAGUUUCGAUGCCGGUUCCUAACGAUACUUUUUUCGAUACCAUAUCUUAAAAACAAGAUCUCUGAUGUCUCUGAUGUCCAUGUACUGUCCUUCCUGCAGCUGUUUGACCGGAUCAAACUGUUCGGCAUGCCGGCCAAGCACCAGCCGGACCUGAUCUACCUGCGCUACGUGCCGCUGUGGAAGGUCCACGUCUUCACCGUGCUGCAGCUCACCUGCCUCAUCGUCCUCUGGACCAUCAAGGCCUCGGCCGCCGCCGUGGUCUUCCCCAUGAUGGUUCUGGCGUUGGUAUUCAUCCGGAAGCUUCUGGAUUUCUGCUUCACUAAGAGAGAGCUGAGCUGGCUGGACGACCUGAUACCGGAGAGCAAGAAGAAAAAAGACGACGACAAGAAGAAGAAGGAGAAGGAGGAUGCUCGGAGGAUGCUGGAGGAAGUGGAGGACGAUCCGCCGUUCGACGGAGGAAACCUGACCUUCCCGAUCAAAACCCUGAAGGGACGCAUGGACCCAUCAGAAGUGAACAUCUCAGAUGAAAUGGCCAAAAGCGGCAUUUGGAAAUCAGUUUCCAUGAACAAUGAUGGCAGCAAAGCUCUGAAACGCAGCAACGGCCUGCAGGAGCUGCCGAGCGUCCAGAUCAGCGUGGAGAACGAAGAAGGUCGCAGAGUGGUGGUGGACGCCGAGACGUCGCUAUGACGACCCACCGCCGGACGACGGCGCGUUACUGACUGUGUGCCUCCGUCUCCUCUGGACGCGGCGUCCGAACCGAGUC